GACAAUGUGGCGCUGUUCGAUUGUCAGAAUCUAUAAAAUCAGUAUAAUUGCCACCGUUCGUGCCAAGUGCAUCCUGGAUGGCCAAUAAUUUGCGAAAUUGAUAAUCAACCGGAAAUGAACCUCAUAAUAAAGUCAAUAUCUCUGCUAAUCGCAAUAGCACUCCACGGUAGUUGGCUAAGUUCAGCGCAAUUGAAUAAUCGUCAGCCCCAGUACUUUGAAUCGUGCAAUGAUGCACCAAACGUAUCCGGUAUCUAUCUGAUCAAACCUUGGAACAACUCCGCCCCGUUCCAAGCGUUUUGCGAGCAGCAACUCUUUGGAGGACACUGGCUCCAGUUUCAAAACCGUCAGGAUGGUUCGACGAAUUUCAAUCGUAGUUGGAACGAUUAUAAAUUCGGUUUCGGGAGCUUACAGCGGGAGUUUUGGCUCGGGCUAGAAAAGCUUCAUCAGAUCACUCACGGAAAACCAUGCGAGCUGAUGGUGCUGAUGGCCAACUACAGUGAAUUUCCAGUAUGGUAUCACUACACCUUUGGAGUUGCUGACGAAGCUGCAAACUAUGAGCUGAAGUUGCUGGGAUUCAUGGAGGGGACUGCUGGCGAGUCGUUCUAUGACUACCGGAAGGAGAAUUUCAGCACCUACGACAGGGAUAACGAUAAAUCUGAAAGCAAUUGUGCAGCCACCAUGAGAAGCGGUCACUGGCAUCUGGACUGUGGAACUGGAGUUAGGCGAAAUAACCUGAACGGAGUUUAUAGCGAUCGGGUGUUAGAUCACGGGGCAGGAAUGUGGUGGGGUGGUUUUGGUGGACCCUCAAACCCCUUGAAAUGGUCGAAAAUGUUUGUUAAAGUCAGACCACCCCAAAAGUCUCGUGUUUCUUCCUAAGGUUAAGAUAGUAAUGAAGACUGGACAAUGUAAUGUCCAUCGUAUUAAUCUUAUUAUUUUAUCUAAUUGAAUUUCAAUGAAAACUAUAAUAUAAAACGAUAACUACAACAUA